AUGAACCUUAACUUUAGGCUUGCGAAAGAACACCAGGCCAUUCCCGCUUCCACAGAUGACAAUGGUGGACCCCUCUCCUGUCAACGCACCUGGGAUGGACUCUCCUGCUGGCCGGUAACUAACGCUGGCGCUGUGGCCGUGUUGCCCUGCUUCUCUUUCCUGAACGACCUUUUCUACGACACGUCGAACAACGCCACGAGAACGUGCCUCGAAAACGGAACGUGGGCUGACAGGUCAGACUACUCAAGCUGUAAGCCACUCGUCGAUGUUGAAAGGGAGGUGGACGAAACAACAUUGUACUAUGUCGGUUAUGGGGUGUCUCUGAUCGCUUUGACGAUUGCUCUCUGGAUAUUCCUGCAUUAUAAGGAUCUUCGGUGCUUAAGAAAUACCAUUCACGUCAACCUCAUGGUUACGUACUUUCUCGUCUCCAUUGUGUGGAUGACAACCGCGACGCUGCAAUCCAUACAGUCUCCUGCCUACAGAACGGGUGCGUGCUUUCUCUACAUUGUGCUCACAUACCUCAUGGGCACAAACUUCUUCUGGAUGUUCGUCGAGGGUCUCUACCUGUACAUUCUGGUCGUGAAGACAUUUUCAGUGGAACUAGUGAGGAUUCACGUCUACGCCUUCAUCGGAUGGGGGUUGCCAGCCAUAGUGGUGACAGUUUGGUCAAUUACAAAGGCCUACUUCAGUGCCAAUCGCAGUGAUCCUGUUCUCUUCGACGGCUUGUGCGUCUGGCAGCUGAAAGACAUUUACGACUGCGUCUUUAUCUGUCCUGUAGCCAUCGUUCUUCUGGUUAAUGUGUUCUUCAUGGGAGAAAUAAUGUGGGUGCUAAUUACGAAACUACGGGCCACAACAACAGUGGAAACGCAACAAUACAGAAAGGCAGCGAAAGCUCUGCUGGUAUUGACUCCACUACUUGGAGUCACGUAUGUCUUGGUGAUCUGGACUCCGUCUCACAAGACUGCCAAAACUAUCUUCACUUACCUGCAGAUAACACUGCUAUCUACUCAGGGCUUCACCGUGGCAGUCCUGUAUUGCUUUUUUAAUAGCGAGGUACGCAGCACCAUCCGGCAUCACUUCCAGCGUUGGAGGACGUCUCGUGCUCUUUGCGCUGAACAGAAAAAACAGGGUCUCAACUACCGCGUCGGUAGCCGUCGGCCGUCAUCUGCAGCGGUGUCCAGUAUCGGAGUUGUAACGCCAGUGCAUGGGGACACGGGGCGGCUUUACAAAGGACGGGCGCCACGAUCGAGCUGCAUCAGCUUCGCUUCGACAACGUCCACGGUUGCUCCUAACGCCGGCUAUCUGGGUCCCGCGCACCGUUUCAGCAACGGUGCCUUCGGGCCUACCGGGAAGGACGAUGCUGUCUAG